AGUUUUCGUUUGUAUCUUGUUGUGAAAACAUCCAGAUAUUUAGUAUUAAAAAGUACCAAAAAAAUAGUAAAACAAAAAAAACUGUGGACAUCCGAUAUUAGAUGCAACUGGUGAGACAGCAGCAUUUGCUGCCUGUCCUAAGGGCGGUGGUUGGUGAGUAUGCUGGUUCGAUUGGAGUCCUCCCAAAAGGAUUGCAUCGUCGGGCUCUGCCGUAUCCUGUAAGAUUUCGGAGCGCAAAAGAUGGAAAGCCGCCAGCAGCUGAGGUUAAGGAGAAGAAACCAUCAGAGGAGAUGCCAACUCCAGUAGCUGCAGCUGCUGCAGCUGCAUCGGCAGCAGUGAAAUCUCAAGGUGACGGAGCUACUGAAAAGUUGGCGAAACCGCCACCACCACCACCACCACCGCCGCCGCCGCCACCACCGCCACCACCACCAGCCAAGUCAAAAGAGAAGCGAAUGAAAUCCUUUGAAGUCUAUCGUUGGAAGCCCGGAGACAACAAGCCCGAAAUGCAGACCUACGAUAUUGACCUAAACGAUUGCGGCGCCAUGGUACUGGAUGCUCUCAUCAAAAUCAAAAACGAAAUGGAUCAGACACUGACAUUCCGUCGUUCGUGUCGUGAGGGCAUUUGCGGUUCUUGUGCCAUGAACAUCGACGGCACAAAUACCCUGGCCUGCAUCACGGCCAUCAAUACAAAGAGGGGACCAUGCAGAAUCUAUCCUCUGCCGCAUUUGUAUGUGGUCAGGGAUUUGGUGCCGGAUCUAACGCAAUUCUAUGACCAAUAUCGUUCCAUCCAACCCUGGCUGCAGCGAGGCAACAUCAAGAAUGAAUUGGGCAAAGCACAAUAUUUGCAAUCGUUGGAAGAUCGGGAGAAACUUGACGGACUGUACGAGUGCAUAUUGUGUGCCUGCUGUCAAACCGCCUGUCCAUCGUAUUGGUGGAACAGUGAGAAAUAUUUGGGACCGGCUGUUCUGAUGCAGGCCUACCGUUGGAUCAUCGAUUCCCGGGAUGAGGCAACCGAACAGCGUUUAGGUUUCCUCCAGGAUCCAUAUAAACUAUAUCGCUGUCACACCAUACUCAACUGCACGAACACGUGCCCAAAGAACCUGAAUCCAGCACGGGCCAUUAUACAAUUGAAACAAAUGUUAAUGGGUACCAAGAAGAAGGAUCAACCGAAACUCAAAACCGAUGCUCUUCAUGCGGGCUAAUAUUAACCAUCCUAAAAAAACACAUCCUAAUACGUAUUCAUUCCACUCUGGAACGCCAUAUACCACCAUAUACUAACCUACACAUCGGAACAAUCCACCCAAAAAAACAGUAACAGGAACUGAACAAAAACGCAAAAAAAAAAGAACGACACUAAGCAAUCAAUUGACAAUAACGUACAUGGGGCUAUAUGUAUAUAUAUUUACAUAUACUUAUACACAGAUUUACACAAAAUUAAUACUAUGAACUGAUCUGAUCUAAUUUAGACUCUAAGAAAACAAAUUCCAAAAACUGCAUCCGGCAAAAAACAUUUCGAAUACCAAACACUUUUGUAGAAAACUUGUAAUGUAAAAUUGUGAUACGAUUAUCGUAAUUUGACAUAACGUUUGAGGGACUUGACAUGGGCAAUCGAGUACAUUGGACAUUUAUACAUAUAUACAUAUAUACAUAUAUACAUAUAUAUAUAUAUAUAUAUAUACAUAUAUAUAUAUAUAGAUAUAUAUAUAUAUCUAUAAAACAUGUGGAACAUCAUGAGGGACGAAACAGCGAUAUUUAAAACAUUGUAGAGAAAGAAUACGAAAGGGACUCGACGUGGAGAAUCGAGCAUCUAUCUAUAUAAAAACAUUAUGUGUCACACUAAACAUCAUACUAAACAUCAUACUAAACUUGGCAAUAUGUUAAACGUUGAAUCAUUGUGAGGGCACAAACACCAAACAAACAACAUCUUUGUAACUAGAAUAAGGCAACAUGUGGUCAUUCAGAACUGAUCCUGAUCUA